AUGGGCCCACCACAGGGGAGGGAAAUGGGGAGGGCCUUCAUGCCUUUUAUGUUGGCGGUAUUCUUUGUGGUGGUGGUGGUGGUGGUUAGUGCCGAGCGGUCGGCUACGAGGUUUCUGUUGAAUGAUAAUAUCGCCGGAGGAGGAAGACAUUCAGAAGGGUACUGUGCCAUGUAUGGCAUCUGUGGGAAGCGCGGUGACGGUAAAGUACUCAAUUGCCCUGUUGGGGCUCCUGCUGUCAAGCCAGACGAAUUACUAUCACAAAAAAUUCAAAGUUUGUGCCCUACAAUUACUGGAAAUGUGUGUUGUACGGCGGAGCAGUUUGAUGUUUUACGAACACAAAUCCAGCAAGCCAUUCCUUUUGUUGUAGGUUGUCCAGCUUGCUUGAGAAAUUUCUUGAAUCUGUUCUGUGAGCUCACCUGUUCUCCAAAUCAAAGUCAAUUUAUUAACGUGACCUCAGUUUCCCGGGUUGGGAGAAAUUCGACUGUUGACGGGAUUGAUUAUUACGUGACUGAUGCUUUUGGUGAGCGAAUGUUUGAAUCCUGCAAAGAUGUAAAAUUUGGAUCCAUGAAUUCUCGAGCUAUAGAUUUCAUCGGCGCUGGUGCUAAAAAUUUUAGUGAGUGGUUUGCAUUUAUCGGUAGACGGGCUGAGCUAGGGUUACCAGGCUCACCCUUUGCUAUCAAUUUCUUGCCUGUGGCCCCAGAAUCAUCGGGAAUGAAUUCCUUGAAUGUAUCCUCGUAUUCAUGUGGUGACACCUCAUUAGGUUGUUCGUGCGGUGAUUGUCCUUCAGCAUCAGCAUGCUCGAGUUCUGAACCUGUUGCAUCGCCUAAGCAAGAUUCCUGUUCGGUGGCAAUAGGGUCUCUUAAUGCAAAAUGCGUCGAAGUUGCAAUGGCAAUAGUGUACAUUGUAAUUGCCACUAUAUUCCUCGGGUGGGGUUUCCUCCACAGAAAAAGGACUAGUCCUACUCCCCAAACAAAACUUAUAAUUGUUGUCCCAAAUGGUACCAAUGUUCGCCGUAAGAGCAGCCAAAAGGACGAGAAUAUACCUAUGCAGGUGCUCGAGGAUGUACCUCAAAUUAAUAAUGGUGUGCAGCUCUCAGUUUUGCAAGGAUAUAUGUCAAGAUUUUAUAGGAAAUACGGAACAUGGGUGGCCCGAAAUCCCAUGCUCGUACUAUGCUUAUCAAUUGCUACAGUUGCUGUGCUUUGUCUAGGUCUUAUUCGUUUUGAAGUGGAGACAAGACCUGAGAAGCUAUGGGUGGGUCCCGGAAGUAGAGCUGCCAAGGAGAAGGAAUUUUUUGACAAUCAUCUUGCCCCAUUUUACAGGAUUGAGCAGCUCAUAAUAGCAACAAUUCCAGAUUCACGUGGAAAAGCUCCAAGCAUCUUGACAGAUAGCAAUAUCAAAUUAUUAUUUGAUAUACAAAAAAGGGUGGACACUAUCAGAGCAAAUAAUUCUGGUUCAAUGGUAUCUCUUACUGACAUUUGCUUGAAGCCACUUGGAAAGGAUUGUGCCACUCAAAGUGUUCUUCAGUAUUUCAAGAUGGAUCCUCAAAAUUAUGACAGCUUUGGGGGCCUUGAUCACAUCGAAUACUGUUUUCAGCAUUUUAGUUCAGCAGAAACAUGCGCAAGUGCAUUUAAAGCACCUCUUGACCCUAGCACUGCAGUUGGUGGUUUUCCGGGAAAUAACUAUCUUGAGGCUUCUGCUUUUGUUGUGACUUAUCCCGUAAACAAUGAAGUUGACAAGGAAGGGAAUGGAACCAAGAGGGCUGAGGCUUGGGAAAAGGCAUUCAUUCAGCUUGCAAAGGAGGAGCUCUUACCCAUGGUGCAGUCGAGAAAUUUAACACUGGCAUUUUCAUCCGAAAGCUCUAUUGAGGAAGAGUUAAAAAGAGAAAGUACUGCAGAUGCUAUUACCAUCUUGAUAAGCUAUCUCGUAAUGUUUGCUUACAUAUCCUUGACACUCGGAGAUGCUCCUCGGUUCUCGUCAUGUUAUGUCUCCUCUAAGGUAUUGCUUGGGCUGUCAGGAGUUAUACUUGUCGUGCUCUCUGUACUUGGAUCAGUUGGAUUUUUCAGUGCAGUUGGAGUAAAAUCAACCCUGAUAAUAAUGGAAGUCAUCCCUUUUCUUGUUUUAGCAGUUGGGGUAGACAACAUGUGCAUACUAGUACAUGCUGUAAAGAGACAGCAGGUAGAAUUGCCUAUAGAGGGAAGAAUUAGCAAUGCCCUUGUAGAGGUUGGCCCGUCUAUGACACUAGCUAGUCUGUCUGAGGUCUUGGCAUUUGCAGUUGGGAGUUUCAUACCUAUGCCAGCUAUCCGCGUUUUUUCCAUGUUUGCAGCACUGGCUGUUCUCUUGGAUUUUCUUCUACAAGUGACUUCAUUUGUUUCCUUGAUUGUUUUUGACUUCUUGAGGGCUGAGGAUAAUAGGGUCGAUUGCUUUCCUUGUAUAAAGGUGUCUGGUUCAAAUGUGGAGAUGGAUCAAGGCAAUCAUCAUCAACAGAAACCUGGCCUGCUGGUCAGAUAUAUGAAGGAAAUUCAUGCUCCCAUCUUGAGCCUGUGGUUUGUGAAACUGCUGGUUGUCUGUGCUUUUAGUGCCUUUACAUUGGCGAGCAUAGCAUUAUGUACAAGAAUCCAACCUGGUUUAGAACAGCAAAUUGUUCUUCCUCGAGACUCGUAUCUUCAGGGCUACUUUAGCAACAUAUCUGAGUAUCUUAGAAUUGGUCCCCCACUCUACUUUGUAGUGCAAAACUACAAUUUUAGUUCUGAAUCAAGACAAACAAACCAGCUUUGUUCCAUCAGCCAGUGUGAUUCUAAUUCUCUUCUAAAUGAGAUUGCUAGAGCAUCUUUAGUACCAGAGUCGAGUUAUAUAGCUAAACCUGCUGCUUCAUGGCUUGAUGAUUUUCUUGUUUGGCUGUCUCCUGAAGCUUUUGGGUGUUGUAGGAAAUUCACAAAUGGAAGCUAUUGUCCUCCCGAUGAUCAGCCUCCUUGUUGUUCAUCAAGUGAUAGUUCUUGCGGACUCAGCCCAGUUUGCCGUGACUGUACUACAUGUUUCCGUCACUCGGAGUUACAAAAUGAUCGUCCAUCAACAGCACAAUUCAGGGAAAAGCUGCCAUGGUUCCUCAAUGCUUUGCCCUCAGCUGAUUGUGCUAAAGGUGGAAAUGGGGCUUAUACCACCAAUGUCGAGCUCACAGGGCUUGAGGAUGGCACUAUUCGAGCCUCAGCGUUUCGGACCUAUCACACCCCUCUAAAUAAACAGGCUGACUUUAUCAACUCAAUGAGGGCUGCUAGAGAUUUUAGCGCGAGGAUGUCUGAUUCUUUAAAGGUGAUAUUGAGCAUGUUUGGGCCGCCAUCAAGAUGCGUGCUAAUUGAGAAGCAAGAAGAUCGACCAUCCACGUCAUCACAAUUUUAA